GUCAGCCAGCUCUGGGGAAUGCAGAGAGAUUUCAGCGACGAGCUUCCCGCAGGAGACGGAGCCGAGCCCGGUGAGCACACCUGGAUGUUCUUCCUGCUGGCUCCAAAGUGGGUCAAGAUGCGGCCCACCGACGCUUACUACACGGUGCAUCCCAGGUCGCAGGGCUCCGCCUUCCGGAUGAGUACUGCCGGCUCCAGCGUGUUGCUGUCGCUCGGCUCGUCAGUCCUGGAGACGCACGACACUCCGCGUCGGAAGGACGGGUCCCCGAGAACUGGCAGUGCCCAGUCGGCACGCGGCGCGUUCGAGCCGAACCGGAGCCAGGCCCUCUCUGACCGUCCGAAGGUCGACCUCGCCCUGAUCGAGCAGGCGGUGAGCUCGCUCCCAGCAAUAAAAGAGGGCGGGAACCUCAGGAGAGAAGCAGGUAUCGGGCCGCACUGCAAGGCUUUCACACCAGUGUUUUUGUGGGGAAGAGGGGUGGCUGGAGACUUCUUUGAGGUCGCUCCAAUGCCCCAGGCUGAAGUGGCUGAAGCUGUUCUGGUGCGGAGGCUCUCUGGGCCCCUCGACAUCUCUAAACAAGCUCCCACCCUCAAAAACAAAGCGGUAGAGAGACUCCCCGCUGUCAAGAUGCCGCUGCCAAAAACUGGCAGCUUGUUCAAAGAUGGCGACUGA